AUGAUCAACUCUAUCGUCGCAUCCCUUGCCCUCUUCGGCGCAUCAGUCGCUGCUGGCUCUGUUGGAAGGGCAAAGGUCGUCAACAAGUGCGAUUACGACGUGUACCUGUGCAACGUCCCAGCAUCGGGUGGCGGCUACCAACAGAUCGACAAGACUCUGUCCGCAGGUGACUCUUACACUCAGCAAUGGACAUCGCUUUCCAACGAUAACGGCUGGAGCAUCAAGCUGAGCCAAGAUGGUGACAACUUUGGCGGCCACAUCAUGCAGUACGAGUACACGUUCCACAACGACGGCAUCAUCUGGUACGACCUGAGCUGCGUCGACGGCAACCCAUGGGACAAGGACUGGGAGAUCACUGCCAACGGCUCCGAGUGCAGUCCCAAGCAGCAGGCAUAUCGCUACUCCACCGACGAUGCCUAUGGCAUGCAGUCGUGUGCCUCUGACGCAGAGAUCACCGUCACCCUGUGCACUGGUCUGUCUGCAGACAAUGGUACCUCCACCGGCUCCUCUGGCUCUGACACUGGCUCUGACUCUGAACCCAGCGCACCAAGCUACCAGGCCAGGUCCUCCUCGGCGCCAGCAGCACCAGCCUACCAGGCACCAGCCUCGACUCCACCCACUCUUGCGACCUACGCAGCACCAACCUACGGUUACAACUGGAAAAACGACGAUGCCCAGAAGUCUGCCCAUCCUCCGACAACAUUCGCGACCUCGACCACAGCAGUUGUCGCGGACCACUACGGCAACAUGGUCACCGUGGUUGAGACCGCACUUGAGACUGCUUACGUGACCGCAACCGCUUACGCUGAGAAGGCCAGGCGUCACCAGCACCACCCUCACGGUCACGCCGACCACCACACAUAG